AUGAGGUGUGCAGAGUCACAGUUGUCUACCUCACCAACCACGAAAUAUAGAUCUAAAUCACCAAAUAAAAACUCUAAUUCACCAGUAGAGUACGAUAUUUGCACUCCUGUAAGAACUGUGAAGCGGUCAAGGCCAUCAGAUGAAAUAACGAACUAUGUUGACCACGUCGAGUCAGAAUUCUACAGAGUAUACAGCGACAGGAGCUCAGCGAAGAGGUUUAAAGGAGAUAGCAGCCUUUCCUUCCUGUUCAGAGGCCCAACGAACGACAUCAUUACGUCCACAGUGGGCAUGUACGGAGAGAUCGCGCACUCGAGUCUGAAGGUGGUGUGCAAGAAGAUGGUCGAGUUCGGACUGGACGAAAAGAGCGUGCUGUUGGACCUGGGAAGCGGAAGAGGAGUGCCGAACUUCGUCUUCGCGUCGGACGCUAACAUCUUCUCCUCGAUAGGAAUCGAAAAGUGCCCGCUGGCAUACAUGAACUCAGUGAACAACAUCUGCGCCUUCAUAGCAAGAGACAUCAAGGGGAUCAGGACGGAAAUAGAAGAGACUCCGUCCAGAUCGCUGAGUGACCUCAGUGAGUGCAGCACCAGCAGCGACGGAGAGGGAAGCAGGAAGAGUUGUAAGACGCUUUCAUCGUCUACCGACUACGCGCCCUCGAGUCCAGGAAAGACAAAUAGCGACUACUCAGACAUGUCGAUCAGCACUCAGCUUGAAGAGGACGAAUACAACGUUGGGGUCUUCAACGAGAACGCGGAGACGCCGAAAAGGUUCCUAAGAGCGCCGAAGAUGCCUAACGAGGUCGAUUUGGAGGAGCUACAGCAGGGGCUGGAGCAGUUUAAGAAUAAGCAGUCGAGUCUCCCAAUAGCCUUCGUUAACGAGGACAUCAUAGCCUACGACGCGUUCGAAGGAGUCACGCACUUCUACAGCUUCGACAUUGCAAUGGAAAGGGCACUGAUCAACAACAUGGUAUACCAGUUCAUGAACACGUCCACGGCGUACGUGUUCGGAUCGUUCAUCUCAGACCUGAUGGUGAGCUUCGGACUGAAGGACUGCUUCCUCGGAGCAAAGGUGCCCUGCAGAAUGUACGGAAGCAACGAGGGGAAGACGUGCUACAUCUACGUGAAGAACAACUGGAGGAAGAUAAAGGCGAAGGCGGACGCGAAGAUCAAGAGGGCGUUGGGACCCCAGAAGAAGGUGAAGAAGCCGAGGAAGAAGAAGGCCACGAAUAAACAAGAUUCCGCCGUUGCGAGCCUCAAAAAAUUGACGUUCGACGUGAACAACUUCAGCCAGCCUUACAGGGCGAUGGACAUCAUUAAGCUUUCGAAGCUGCCGCUGUACCACCAGUACUCGUGGUACCUGAGUAAGCUCGACAAGUUCUACUCGCGCUCGGUGACGAGGUCGUACAGCGACAACCUGAAGGAGAGUCUCGCGUCGGAGCGCGACGCGCUGAUAGAGCAGAUAGCGCACAAGGGCUUCGAGAAUUCGCACGAGGAGCGGGCUGAGCUGAAGACGCACAUUGCAACACACUACAGGAAGGUGUCAAGGUUUCCCGAGCCCCUAUAA